GAGGUGUUACUGUUUCACACCUGGAAAAGAGCUUGUACGCCAAACAAGUUGUUUAUCUUUCGCUUCAGUUCUACCCCUUGGUGCAGUAAAACAGAGCACCUCUUACUAGAAACCUAGCUCAUUCUUUGUUGUUACAGGGAUUUUUUUAAUAAAAUCAUUGAAAGAUUAUAUUUGUGAAGGAAUACCAGUUAAUCCUUUUAAUGAAACAUUUUCUAUACAGAAUUGUGGAUUAAUGCAAAGAAAUUAAGUAAUGUGAGAAAUUUAGGAUUUAUAUUCUUAGAAAGCAAAUGUAUUUCAAAACUAGAAUUGUUUGGAAUGUUCUGUUUCAUAAGGUGCUAUUGAUGCAUUUUUAACUAGUGAAACUUUGUGGACCCUUUGUAAGGCAGAAGUGACAAUGGGUGCUGAAUUUUAAAACAGUGAACAAAAUUGUGUAGGAAAGAAGUAAUUUACACCACUAUUAAGGAACAUGUUUGGAGGAGUAACCAGCAAAAUUUGAAAAAUACACAGUCUAAACCACAGCAACACAUGUGUUAAACUAACCCAUUUGGACUGGAAUUAGAUUUGUAAUUGCUGGGGAAGUAGGAUCCUAAACCAACUUUCAAUAGGUAUAGUGAUGUUCGAUGAAUUCAUGACAAGUGUAUAAAGGCUGUUAUGACAGAAAAGUUAGCGUGAGCAGUAAGGAGAUGAGUUUCUCAUCCUGUGUUCCAAAAAUGCAGGAACAGACCGAAUAGGCUUCAUUUCAGAUGUUAGAUGUAUUCAAACAUUCUAAAUAGAAACACUCCCCCACAAGUGCACUAUGUUAUUCUGCUAAGAUUGUAUAAAGAUAAGGAAGAAAGAACUUUACAUUAUACUCAUUAAAAUGUUAAUCAGUAAAAGUGUAACCAGAAUUAGUGUUCUCUGCUUUGUGCCAGGAGGGUAUCGUCAUCCUAGACAUACCAAAAGUAAACAUAGUACUGCCUGAUAAAUCUGAGGGUUAAAUUUUGGGUUUGGAGCUACAUACAUAGAUUCCACGGAAAUAAGUGGGACUGUUUGAAGGUAUGUCAAAUCUGAAAUAUGCUGUAACUGAGGAGAAAUUGGUAUAUACUGGUAAUUAUAUGCCUUGAAAACAAAUAUAUUUAAACUACUGCAGAUAGCUCAAACUUUCUACAUUAUACCUUUUUAUUCUCUUGCUGGGGUGGUUUUACUGCAGAAUGUGGCCUGAAUCCAUCCAUACCGAUAUGGGAUUGGCAAGCAUCAGAGACCACCUUUAGUCUACAAUAGACAUCCAGUCUCAUGACUUCCCUGUGCAUUUCGUUGUUUAACCUAUAAAACACAAUAUCUUUUUCUUCCAUUGAAGUUAACAGAAGAUUACCUCACUUUUCUCAAGGCAUCAAGGUUGUUUGCCUAGAGAUAUUAUCAGAAGUAAAAACUGAAGAGUUACAUUGUAUGCAGUUUUCCCACAGCAGUUACAUAAUCUGUUUUCCACUCUUAAAACUGUGGUAUGGCACAGGCCUGUUUUGAUUAGGAACAUCUUAUACCUAAAAGAUACACACCUCAGCUCUGUGUUGGAUAAAGCAACCUUUGCAUAACAGGUUAAUCAACUUACAGUUUGGAGUUUUUAGAGGAGAGUGUGGAAUUCUAUUCCACAGAAAUACACAAUUUUUAAAGUUUUUUGUAUUUUUUGUGUUAGAGCAAUACGAACCUUAGGUUAAAUAUGUGGCAUUAUCUUUAGUGCUUGCUAAAUCACUCACUGGCUACAUGCAUAGCUGUUUGCUCUUGGUGGGCUCAGUAGAAUUGCAUUUAUUGAAAGAACGUUAAAGAUUUUUGCUCAGCAAACUAAAGCUUCACUGUGAAGGAAACUUAGCAUAUAGAGAAGGAUGAGGUUGAAUAAAAAGCUCUCUAAAAGUGCACAGUGUGUUAAAGUUGUAUCUUACAGAUUGUGUGAUGCUACAAUUAAUUUCUUGAAACAGCCAUGUUCUAGCUGAGGGUUUCACAAGUUGUAGUACUUAGACAAUUCAUGGUAUGCAAACUAUUUUAAAGUGACGCAAAACUUCUACCUUACAUGUGAAGAGAACUGGGAAUUGACAGUCCUAGCAGAGGAUUAAGGCACAAAACCAGAGUUUGUCAAGACAGAGGGGAACUGACAGGAGAAUAGGUAAUUUAGGACCAAAAUCUCUUUUUGGAGUAAUGGUCAGUAGCGUAGACAGGUGUGUGAGGAUGUGUUCAUUUAGAAAAUUAAGUUAUGUGCACACUAUCAUGAAAGUUGAAGGUGUUGCUGCCAUAACCCACAGUAGUAGUUGUACUUGAACAGACUAAAUUCAGGAUUAUCUAUUCUAGAAGAUGGGUUUAUUUCCUACUAGGGAAUUUGUGUACACUCCCAGAUUUUUUUCAGCAGCUGCUCAGUUCAGUACCACCAUACAAAUAAAUACCUGCUUCUAGAGUGCUGUUGAAAAUUAGUAUUUCAUAUCCAGUUUCCCAGAACAGCAAUUCUUCUGAUUGCGUACCUAAUUUGUUCAAAUUUUAAGCUUUUGUAUUAUUGACUUUUUUAAAAAAACACGAUCAAAAUAUGUUAGUAGUAAAAGCUGUUAAGAUUCUUUGCCUGUUCUAGGUUAUCAAGGUAAUAUUUUGGAGCACAGUAUGACACCUGUAGUCUUGUGUGUCCUUUUUCUCAGUGAUAAAACUUUCUGAGAACAUUACCAGCUAAACUGACAAUAAUUCCCUGUAAAUAAUAAAUAAUGGUCACAGUCACAGAGGUAAUAAAUUAUAAUUCCUAGGCGUCUUUAAGCUGAUGAUAAACUGCUUCUAUCAUCCUGCAUGCAGAGCAAGUAUAUUUGAACUUUAAUUUUUAUUAUUUAAUGGUGGUUUGAAAAUACAGCUUUUUUUUAACACUGGUUUAUGAGUCAGGCAGUCUCCUAGCACUGUCCUGGCCCUGGCGGGUGUUUGAGCCUCUUUUGUACUCCAGUCAAUAGCUCAUUACCUACUUCAGUAUCAAUGUUUCAUUCAAGUAAAAAUGUUGUGGGGAGGGGGUGGGGGGUGAGGAAACAAUAUUCUGCAGAGGAAUGGAAGUGCCUUGCCUUCCCUAGCUCCUGGCUCUGGUAUUGGGGUAGAUUUAUAACUCCAUCUGCAGAAUUAACUUUUCUCUCUUCCAAACUCCUACUCUAAUAAUUUUGAAAUUGAAGUUCUGUCACUUUGAAAUGCUCUGACAAUUGCUUUGAGACAUAGGGCUUUGCUGUGCUGCACUUCACCAACUGAAAAAAAACCACCACCGCAUUGCUCUAAUAGAAUGUUUGGUUUAAACAAGGCUCGCAGCUCAAGCAAACUGUUCCUACAGGCAAAGCCUGAAACUAAAUUGGCAUCAUCUGUCUCCUUCACACAAGCUGUAGAAUAAUACAUAAUUUGAAUACAAGCCACUCACAUUUUUUAAACUGUUUAUUGCAAAGAAGUAUAUUGCUUGUAUUCUCUAGCAGCAUCUGAUCUGUUGGAUUAAAACCAUAUAAUGUGAAGCUGUUUUCAGCAGAAUUCCGUACUUCCUCAUUCUUAUUCAGAAUCAAUUCCCGUAUCUUAUUCAGAGCUUCAUUGAAGCUGUAUCUCUUUAGAGAAUUUAGACUGAUAAUGGUGCACACCAUAUAAAAAAUUAAAGGACUUAAUACUGGUUUCAGCUAAAGCAAUUUUGCUUCAAAAUGCCACCCACCUACUGUGCAGAAAGAUUUGUGGCAAACUGGUAAUAGGGUUAUGGAGGCAAAUGCACACAUUUCGUUCAUUGUUUUUUCCCAAGGGGUUUAUAAUGAUUAAGAUCUGAUUUAGGCUGCUUAGAGUGGAGAGAAAAAAAAGAGUAUCAUUCAAACUUUGAUUCCCUCUGCCACUCCCCACACAUACUAUUUUUUUCUCUCUAAUUGUCUCCCUCACAAUGCAAUGAACUCUUUGUUUAACAGGGGAAAUAGCCUGCUUAAAUCACAAGUGUUUCUCCUGGUAAUAUUAAUUUCUAUUUGUUCUCUUCCAAAACCAAAUGUAUUUACCACAAAUUGCAGCUAACUUUUGAUCGAAACACAUUCAAAUGUUUAAACACUGUACAAUUAUACAACUUUUGGGCCACAGAUGAAUAAUUAUAGCCAACCAAAAUUAAGGAGAAUUUUAGCUUCACCUGGUAUAAUUACCAGUGCUUGUAUUUGCCAAGGAAACAACUAGUAUCCUUUUUCUGAAAAUUGCUUCACAAGUUCUCAGUAAACUUUGGCUUCCUUGUUUAGGGACUAGAAAACAACUUGUUUUAAAAAGUGCUGAACCUGGAGUAUAUUAGCAAAGCAUAAUACUAGCCAGGUUCUGACUGACUGUCAAAUAAUGGUAUCUACUGAGGAUUUUAGACUUUCUCAAACUGUUUUGACAUGUCCAGCUGUCUUGUAUGUAUAUUGAUUUGUCUUAUAUUUGUGUUGCAUACAAAAGUCUUAGUGAUAGACUACCAGUUGUACUCAGUAUUUGUGCCAAUACAAUAACAGAUUGCCUCUAUGGGCUUACAUAGAAGUGCUGCUGCAGCUCCUUUGCACGCCUGUUGUAUAAGGUCUCAGCAAGACACUUUUCCAGCAGCAGGGUGGAAUGGUAAUGCAGUACUGGGUAGUUGUUGGAUACUUACUGGCUUGGAAAAGGGUGCCAUCUACUGAAUUAUCGGUACAACUUAUUAAAAUUCUUACAGGUUCUGUAUGUUUUUCAACUCUGCAUAGUUUAUAUGAUACCAUCAUAACACAAGACAGUAUGAUUACAGUCAAAAUAAUAAUCUAAAAUAAAGACUGACAAGUCAGGGUAUAGACGAGUAAAAUUUUAAAAAGUUGCCUCUGCUUUUUGUCAGAGUCUCAGUAUUAAUGGACAUUGAAAGACAGUACUGAAGAAUCUGAAAGAGGGAAUUAUUUUGUUUCCUUACCUAGAAUGGUACAAUGCAUCAACAUUUACCUAAAGCGGGGGGGGGGGGGGGCAAUAUAAUUUGUUACCAGUGUAAUAUUCAGAAUAAGGGCUCGAGACAUUAUUCAUUUUUUUGUUCUAGUCUCUGGUCUUAUGCACAAUCCAGAUGCUCUUGAAUUUUUUUUUUUCUAGCAAGAAUAAUUUAUUUGUUUGUUAAACAAAAUAAUUGUUUCACUGUUGUCAUGUAAUUUAAUUUAGGCUCACCCUUACUGGUUUUAUGGAUGGAAGACCAGAACAGUGCCUCUGCUUCUAGGAUGAAACUAGCCAUUUCUGCCUACAUAGUAUAACAUAUUUAAGAAGAAAAGUUUUGACUGUUCCGAAACAACACCAGAAAACAAAUUUCCAAUUGGGGCUGCAGCAGUUCCACGGAGUGAGAAAUAUAAUAUUACUGUAAUGUCCAAAACCUCUAUUACAGAAUAAUGUUACACUCACUGGGCAAUGGACUUCAACAGCUUUUUGGCAUGUCUUCAUACAGACUGUUCUGUUAUUUUCAGUGUUUAUAUUUUCCUCUUAUCUUUAGGGAUGCCUGAAAGUCAAGGGAAAGACAGUGAAAGCUACAUCAGCAGCAAUAGUUCCAGCACUAGCAAUUCGGUUGCUUGCUUCGGACAGUAUCAAUACACAGCAAGUGAAUAUCAAGCUAUCCAGCAUGCUCUUCGUCAGAGACUGGGUCCAGAAUAUAUCAGCAGUCGGCAAGCUGGAGGAGGACAAAAGGUCUGUUACAUUGAGGGUCACAGGGUAAUCAGUCUGGCCAAUGAGAUGUUUGGCUUCAAUGGCUGGGCUCAUUCAGUCACUCAGCAGAACGUUGACUUUGUUGACCUCAACAAUGGGAGGUUCUAUGUGGGGGUCUGUGCAUUUGUGAAAGUUCAGCUUAAGGAUGGGUCAUACCAUGAAGAUGUGGGGUAUGGAGUCAGUGAAGGCCUAAGGUCUAAGGCCUUGUCCCUAGAAAAGGCAAGAAAGGAGGCAGUAACAGAUGGACUGAAGAGGGCACUCAAGUGCUUUGGGAAUGCUCUUGGGAACUGCAUCUUAGACAAAGACUACCUACGAGCCGUGAAUAAGCUUCCACGUCAGAUGCCCCCUGAGUUAGAUUUGGUCAAAGCUAAAAGACAGGACUAUGAGCCUGAAAUAGAGAAAGCAAGAUACAAUAGCUGUUUGGAAAGGCAGAACACAGGAGAGAGACAACAUUGUGAGAUGGCAUCUAAUUGUAAGCCUGGUCAGACAGAGGCUGCUGUAGUGACAGUAGAUCAGAAACAGCCAAAUAGUUCCAGGGGCAGAAAUACAGACUCCUUAGCUAUUGAGUGGGAUGCCACUUACCAGCGGAAGUUGCGACAAAAGCAGCUACAGCAGCAGUUCCGGGAACAGAUGGAGAAAAAGCAUCAGGUUCCAGUAGUUACUCCUAGCAGCAAACAGGAUGAUCCUGAACUUUGGGACAUUUCCUUGGAGACCACUGAUCUUAUGAUAAUGGGCCAUAAAAUGGCAGACCCAUCAGCUGGACAGCAGACACCUGAAACACCCCGUGGAAGUCAUCAGAUGACUACUCGCAGCAGGACACCUCACAGAAUGAAUUACCACAUUACCACUGCACCAUUGCAGCCAUCUGCUACAAUCAUGAGCAACAGCAGCUGUGCCAACCAGCAUACCCCAGAGCGUAACCCCCACAGGAGAAGUCAAAGCUUGAAGAAAAGGAGACUAGAACCUACGUAAGACACCUGGUGGUAUCAUUACCCCCAUACUGGAUUACAUCAGAAGACUGCAGUUGGCUAUUCAAAUUAUGCGAGGAAGUCUAAUGCAUUAAUGGAUUUUCCUGUAUAAUAUGGUGAAGCAACACAGAAGAGUUUAAUACAGCCAGCAAGAACUUAAUGUACUUUUAGGUUAUUGCAUGUUUCAGAUGCCUUUUUCUGUAAGAAACCCCAUGAUUUGUGCUUCUGCAGCACUAGACUUGUGGCUGUAUUACAAGCUGACGCUAGACGUAACUUGCCUGAAAUGGUAACAGAAUGAAUUUUUGAAAUGAGAUGCAAUUCAUAGCUUUUUUCUCCCUCAGUCUUGCAUUUCAGCACAGAGAAAAGAGAUUUUCAGUAAAAUGGGGAGAGGGUGGGUUACGGUCAGGUGACAAAGCCCACAAGCUGUGGUCACCCAUUUGGUGAGGCUGAGGGUGUGGCAGCAUCUGCCCCUGACAUGCAGCCCAGCCGUUUGCCCUGUGGCUGCAUAAACAGGGUCAGAGCCCAUUGCGGCUCCUCAGCUGUAUCAGGUUCCCAUGCAGCAGCAGCAGAUUGAGCCGUGCCUGCCCAGGAGGGCAGCACAAGGGCAGGAGUGCACUGGGACUGCUGCCAGA